AUUUGCUAGUUUCUUGGCUUAUAUUCAUGAAUACGACUACCUACAUGAGCGAUUGCGCAGAAUCAUUAUUCAACAUCUCCUCUGAUGGAUUGUGGGAGAGCCUAAAAUCUCCUGAUGUAGUUUUUGGGUACUCGCUACCUCUAUUAGAGAUUCAGAUGUUACUCAUAUUCAUCUUCAUCUCAUAUGUUCCUCAGACGCAUCGGCAUUUCCCAGAUUGCUUCCUACAUGAUCGGCCUCAGCUUUUUGAUGUACUGGGAAAAUCUUCAGGGAAACUAUCUAUGGAUCCUGCGUUUGAUGGAAACGCGACCUUAAGAAGCAUCUCAGUGUUUGGAACCAUAAUGUUUACGUUUUUGAUGACGGUUAGAACCAGCCGGCGAGGAGCGUUUAGUAGCGGAAAACUGCCCGUUGUGAUUGGGACCUUGUCCUUCUUUGCUCCUCUGUUCGGUCUCACUUUUAAGAAUCUCUUCUCGGACAGCAUCGACUCUCAUUACAUGACUCCAGAAACAGCACUAGGCGAGCGCAUAGUGAUCGUCAUAACCCAAUCUUCGAUACUUUUGCCUUCAACAACAUAUAUCUUGCUAGAGCUCAAGAUACUCAACUCUGAGAUCGGUCGCCUUGCAAUGUCUGCAUGUGUCAUAAACGACAUAUUGGGGAUCAUUGCCAUAGUUAUCACCUCUGUCCAGGCAACGUACACGAAUAUUUCACAUAUGACAGCCUAUCGUGACGCAAUCGCAGUGGUCAUCUUCGUUCUCAUCGUGUUUCUUGUUUUUAAGCCGAUUGUGCAAUGGAUCAUUAACCAAACACCGGAAGGCAAGCCCGUGAAGAAAAAGUACGUUCACGCCAUGACUUUGGCUGCAUUGGGUUCCUCUUAUUAUUCUAUGUUAUUCAACUUUAAAUAUGUCUUGGGACCAUUAGUGAUUGGUCUCAUAAUACCGGAGGGUCCACCAUUAGGGUCCGCAUUGGAGGCUAAGUACGAGAAACUCACAAUGAACGUGUUCCUACCAAUCACGAUCAUAGUUAGCGUGAUGAGAUGUGAUGGAAUAAGGAUCUUUAGCGAGUUCAAUCACAUCGUCUACAACGUCUUCCUAACGGUUCUAACACUUAUCCUAAAAUUGAUCGCAUGCCUUGCACCUUGCUUGUACUUCAAGUUACCUCUCAACCAAUCCCUAGCUGUUUCCAUCAUCUUGAGCUACAAAAGUUUCUCUGAUUUCGUUCUCUAUGAAUCCGUAUUAGACGACAAGUAUAUAUCCCAGGCAACGUACGCGUUCUUGAUCAUUUAUUCGUUAAUAAAUGCUGGGAUUGUACCUGUUGUCAUAAGAAGCUUGUACGAUCCGAAACGGAAGUAUCUUAACUAUCAAAAAAGAAACAUAUUGAAUUUGGAACCAAGCUCCGAUCUCCGUAUUCUAACUUGUUUGCACAAACCAGAGAAUAUCUCACACACCAUUGCAUUCCUCCAAUUGUUAUCCUCACCGAAUCUUGAUUUACCUAUCGUGGUCACGGUUCUCCACCUCGUGAAGCUCGUUGGUCAGAUCAACCCCAUCAUGAUUUCAAACAACAAGAAGUCCAAAGGAAUUCACAACAACUCCUACAUCCAUACCGCAAAUCUUGCCUUUAGACAGUUCAUGUUAGAGAGCUUGAAGUCCGUAACUGUGACUACAUUUACCGCUUUCUCAUAUGAGAAGAUGAUGCACGAGGACAUCUGCACGCUCGCACUUGACCAGACGAGUUCAAUUAUUAUCGUCCCUUCAGGGAGGACAUGGACAAUAGAUGGGAUGUUCGAGUCCGACGAUGAUGCCAUACGGAGUCUCAACCUCUCAUUACUCGACCGUGCGCCUUGUUCCAUUGGAAUCCUAAUCGACCGUGGACAUUUCUCACGUAAAAGGAAUGUAACGAGCCAGAAAAAUUACACCAUCAAUGUAUGUGUAAUUUUCAUUGGAGGCAAAGAUGAUAGGGAAGCAUUAUCAGUGGUGAAGAGGAUGAAACAUAACCCGAGGGUUCAUGUAACCGUGAUCAGACUCUUAUUCAACCAAGAAGAUUUCAAGACUACAGAGGAUAUAAAAAAUGUUGAUUAUACAGAAAGGGUUGUGACUAGUAGUAUUGAGGUGGCAAGCAUCGUCCGAUUGCUCGACGGAGAGCAUGAUCUUAUGGUUGUUGGGAGAGAUCAAGGAAUGGCAUCACCAGAUCUCUCAGGACUAACAGAGUGGGUCCAACUUCCAGAGUUAGGUGUCAUUGGAGAUUUGCUAGCGGCUAAAGAGCUAAGCUCUAAGGUCUCUGUUUUGGUAGUUCAACAACAAAAACAAGCG